AUGAACCGAAACGACUACGACGACAACCGAGGCAACAGCCGAAACGACUCCUACGGCAACCAGGGCCGAAACGAGGGCCGAAACGAGUCCUACGGAAACAACAACUCCAACUACGGCAACAACUCCAACUCCAACUCUGGUUUUGGUGGUAACAACUCCAACUCUGGAUUCGGCGGUAACUCCAACUCCAACUCCAACUACGGAAACAACUCCAACUCCAACUACGGAAACAACUCCAACUCCAACUCCAACAGCUCCUACGGAUCCAACUCCAACUCCAACCAUGGUGGCAACGAUUCCUACGGUAACAACUCCAACUCCAACUCCAACUACGGAAACAACUCCAACUCCAACUCCAACUCCAACUCCAACUACGGAAACAACUCCAACUCCAACUCCAACUACGGAAACAACUCCAACAACUCCAACUCCAACUCCAACUCCAACUCCAACUCCAAUGUCAACCCCUACGUUGCCAAGGGUAUCAACAUGGUGGAGGAAAAGUUCUUUGGAAUGGACCAGAAGAACGAGACUGCCAACGAGCGAAAGUACGACCAGAAGAUUGGCGAGUUCAUCACCUCCAAGAUUGGCGGCGGCAACAAGGGCUCCUCCAACUCUGCAAACAACUCCAACAACUCUUACGGAAACAACAACAACUCCAACAACUCCAACAACUCGUCUUCCGGCGGAAUUGGCGGCUUCAUUUCUAGCCAGCUGUCUGGAAACUCCAACUCCAACAACAACUCCAACAACUACAACAACAACAACAACAACAACAACAACAGUGGAGGUGACAGCCUUCAGGACAAGCUUGGCGUGAGUAUUUAA